AUGGAGGCACCACAGACGCCGCAAGACGCGCUCCAUCUGGGUGCGCUCGCGUCUCAAAAUGCCUCUGCGACGAGGCAUCUCUACUCUCGGCUCGAAUUGUCCAACGGCAAGCGCCAGAAGCUCGAGGGCGUCUUCGAAGAUGCCGUCAUGAAGCGUCGAUUCGAGGCCGAAUACGCGGCUGUCCAGACCCUGCCCGAGGCGCUCGCAGCGAAACAACCAUCGAAGCAACCACUGCGGAAGACGGCGGCCAAGGCUGGAGGCCCAGCGCGAAAAGCACCCAAACUUCUUGAGGCUGGACCUGGAGCAUCACCGGCUGCGUCAAAGGCCAACGGAGACGAGCCGACGAUUUCGACAACGACGGUACCGCAGAGCAUGAGCCUGACAGUCAGAGGGUCACAAGCAAUCCAGCAAGUCAAGCCCGAAUGGCACCCGCCGUGGAAGCUGAUGAGGGUCAUCUCAGGCCAUUUGGGAUGGGUGCGCAGCUUGGCAGUCGAGCCGGGGAACAAGUGGUUUGCUAGCGGUGCUGGCGACAGGACGAUCAAGAUCUGGGAUCUCGCCACGGGGUCGUUGCGAUUGACAUUGACGGGACACAUUAGCACCGUGCGCGGCCUGGCCGUCUCUCCAAGACACCCGUAUCUCUUCUCUUGCGGCGAGGAUAAAAUGGUCAAGUGCUGGGAUCUGGAGACAAACAAGGUGAUCCGCCACUACCACGGCCAUCUCAGUGGUGUCUACACAUUGGCUCUCCAUCCGACGCUGGAUGUCUUGGUGACUGGUGGUCGAGAUGGCGUUGCUCGAGUUUGGGAUAUGCGGACGCGCAGCAACAUUCACGUUUUGUCGGGCCAUACCGGCACUGUGACAGAUGUGGAAUGCCAGGAGGCAGAUCCCCAAGUGAUUACAGCAUCAUUGGACUCUACCGUCCGGCUUUGGGAUCUGGCGGCCGGAAAGGCCAUGGGCGUUCUCACCCACCACAAGAAGGGCGUCCGGGCCUUGGCUGUCCAUCCUACCGAAUUCACCUUUGCAUCGGGCAGCAGCGGCAGUAUUAAGCAGUGGAAAUGCCCGGAAGGCGCUUUCAUGCAGAACUUUGAGGGCCACAAUGCCAUCAUCAACACCAUGAGCGUAAAUAGCAACAAUGUUUUCUUCUCAGGUGGUGACAAUGGCUCAAUGAGCUUCUGGGACUGGAAGUCAGGUCACCGAUUCCAAUCUUUCGAGACAACAGCUCAACCAGGCUCAUUAGACGCCGAAUCAGGCAUCAUGAGCUCGACGUUUGACCGUUCUGGACUGCGUCUCAUCACGGGCGAGGCUGACAAGACUAUCAAAAUAUGGAAACCAGAUGAAAAAGCGUCAGAGGAGACGCACCCGAUACAAUGGACGCCAACAUUGGCGCAAAGGAAAUUUUAG